AUGUUCAUGAUCAUUCGAGAGACGAACGCCGGAGGAGGCGGUGCUGGAGCGAUGAGCGCGCCACAGGAGAGGAGUGCAAAACAGGUCUCCUCCACUCCUCCCCCGCUUCCCCGGCUCCUUCAGGUGCAGGCCGCCAUCAAAAAGAAGCUGGAGAAGCAGAAAAAGCGAAGUGGUGUACAGGGAGGAGGUGCUGAAGACAUUCAGACUGCUACGCCUCAGCCUCAUCGCCUUCCGAAAUCCCGUCAGGCGCUGGUGUUGGACACUGAGGACGGAGAGACGCUAGAGGAGACGCUGGAGGAGAUGAUGGAGGGACGGCAGAGGCGAGAGAGGGAGAAAGUGGAGCCAGUCAACCUGCUGCCCAUAGUGGCCUCUGUGUUUGGGCAGGACAGAGAGCUGAGACCGGAGGAGAUUGAAGAGCUCCGUGAAGCUUUUGUGGAGUUUGACAGGAACAAAAAAGGCUACAUCAGUCAUAAAGACCUGGGGGAGUGUAUGAGGACCAUGGGAUACAUGCCAACAGAGAUGGAGCUCAUUGAACUGAGCCAGCAGAUCUGUGGAGGUAAAGUGGACUUUGAGGACUUUGUGGAGCUGAUGGGACCCAAAAUGCUGGCCGAGACAGCAGACAUGAUUGGAGUCAAAGAACUACGAGAUGCAUUCAAAGAGUUCGACUCGAAUGGCGAUGGUCAGAUCAGUCUAACUGAGCUGCGUGAGGCCAUGAAGAAGCUGAUGGGAGAACAAGUGACCAACAGAGAGAUCAACGAGAUCCUCCGAGACGUCGACCUAAACGGAGACGGUCUGGUGGACUUUGAGGAGUUUGUGCGAAUGAUGUCUCGCUGACCGGACCAGCUGCCCACAUGUCAGAUGAACAAAGACACUAUGCAACCGCUGGAUUUGUUAACACGCUACCUUGUAGUGAACUUGAUUCUUCUGUUCUUAAGAGCACUCGUUUGAAAUUGUAUUUUUAUAUUAAAUAAAGAAAAAAAGGAGAGAAAAAAACUAUCCGGUGCGACAAAAAAAUGAAGUAUUUUAACAGCCGUAAAACAUAUCAAAAUCAUUAUAGACAACAUUUAUGAUUGUGUUUUUAAAUAUAUUUUUAUAUAAUCCAUGCUUGUCUUCUGAGUGUAAAAUCUUUGUUUGUAUAACUGUGAAAAUAUUUUUUUUUUAGAUUAAAGAUAUGUUCAAAAAUGGGAUGAAAGGCCAAAUUAUUUUCGAACAGGUGAACUUGGGACGAUAUGUUCAA